GGAAAAAUAACUUAAAUUAUUGAGACAGAAACCAAAGUGAAUUUUACGUAUCCAAACAACGUGGGCCAAUCUAAUGUAGACUAAUGUUAACCAGAAAAAAAUCUGAUGUAGACUAGAGAGGGGCUAUCUUCCAAAAAUUGACUACAUCCUGAAUCAUGUCCAUCUCCAUUACCAAUCACAAUCUGUUCAUUUCUCUCAUUAUAUAAUUCUCUCUCUCUCUCUCUACCACACACUCAAUCAUCUACCUUCUUUUCUUGCUUCUUCAUCUCUCUUCAAUGGACUCAAACAUUCUCCAACUAGCUUACGAUUUAAACCCAUUCAUUCGAGUCUACAAAGAUGGCAAAGUAGAGAGACUCAUGGGCACCGAGGUUGUUCCUCCAUCAACCACCGAUCCAAAAACCGGCGUCCACUCCAAAGACCUCGUAAUCUCGCCGGAGACCGGUGUCGCCGCUAGGCUCUACAAGCCCAAAACCACAACCACCGAUCAAAAACUCCCUCUCCUUAUCUACUUCCACGGCGGCGCGUUUUUCGUCCAAACUGCCUUCUCUCCCACAUACCAGACCUUCCUCAAUUCUCUCUCCUCCGAAGCCAAUGCAAUUGUAGUCUCUGUUGAUUACCGGAGAGCUCCUGAGAACCCGCUCCCAAUCGGGUACGACGAUUCGUGGGAGGCGGUCAAGUGGGUUGCUUCUCACACCUCCGCCGUCGCACACGGUGGCGGUCUGGUGGAGGAGUGGCUGAGAGACUAUGCUGACUUUGAGAGAGUGUUCUUUGGUGGAGAUAGUGCUGGUGCUAAUAUAGCCCAUCACAUGGCCAUUCGGGUCGGGUUGGAGGGCUUGUUGGGCGGUGUGAAACUCGUGGGGAUUGUUUUGACGAACCCGUAUUUUUGGGGGAAAGAUCCGAUUGGUGGGGAAGGGACUAAUAUGGAUAUAAAAGCACUGAUGGACGAGUUUUGGAUCAAGGCAUGUCCGUCGAGUAGCGGGUCGGAUGACCCGAUGAUAAACCCGGUGGUGGAUCCGAAUUUGGCAAGGCUAGGGUGUAGCAAGGUCUUGGUUUGUGUAGCUGAGAAAGAUGUGUUGAGAGAUAGGGGUUGGCUUUAUUGUGAGGCAUUGGGUAAGAGUGGGUGGGGAGGAGUGGUGGAGAUUAUGGAGAGUGAAGGGGAAGAUCAUGUGUUUCAUUUGGAAAAGCCCAAUUGUGAGAAAGCCAUGGAUUUGGUGAAAAGAGUGAUCUCUUUCAUGGGCCUGGAGGCCCAUGACAAGGCCCAAUCAUAGUGGUGGUGAGAUUCAAGAUUAUCUCAUUGGAUUCAUCUAAAAUAUAGCCAAUGAUCAAUAUCAAUGUAUAUGUAAUAUUUUGAAGGAAAAUGCUAAUUUCAAUCAAAUGUGUAACAUUGUAUUGAAAUGAGAAAAUUGCAUUCAAAUUCUAAUAAAUCUGACAUUAUUUCCACCUUAAUGUCACCUAAUGGGCUAUUUUUAGCA